AGAUAAAACUUCUCAUCUUACCUUACAUUACAUUACAUAUUACACCCCCCAUUGUCGCCGUCAUCAAUACCAUAUUUUCUCUCACCUCUCUCUAAAACCAAAAGCUGACUUCCCUACAACGUUCAAAAACCCCACACCCCUAAAGAUUCUUCUUUUCUUCCGAUUGAUUGUCUUCCAUUUUAACAAUUACCUCAUCUUAAUCAAUUGGGUUUUCACUUUUUUGCCCAAAUCUUUGGGUUCUUCAAUUUUCUUAGCUCAAUAUUAUCUGGGUUAUACACUUUCUGCUGUAAAAAUCUUUUGGGUCAUCUUAUACUAGCUCAACAUAGGUAAAACCUUUUUCGGGUUAUUGAUUUUGAGCUCAAAUUUUUGUGGGUUUUCAAUUUUGUGCUGAAAAAGUUCUGGGUAAGCUCAAAGCUUUAUGGAUUAUCGAUUUGGAGCUGCAAUUUUGUGUGGGUAUUAGGAAUAAAGUUUUAGGCUUAUCAUAUAUAGCUUAUACUUUUCUGGUUGUUGAAUUUGAGUUGAAAAUUUUGGUGGGUAAUCGAGUUUGAGCUCAAAUUAUAUCAUAAUCAUCGAGAAAUUUUGGAAAGUUUUUCAAUCUUGUUUGAGAGGAAAGAGGUUUUUAGGGAUGAAAAUCGUAUGAAACAGCGUAAACUGAUGAAAGAGAGAUAAUGGGCGGAGUUACUUCAUCAAUUGCUGCUAAAUUUGCAUUUUUUCCUCCUAAUCCUCCGUCAUAUACAGUGAUCGUCGACGAGAAUUCCGGCGACGGGAAACUUUCUAUACCGGAAGUUUCUGGAAGGGAUGGCGUGGAUGUUGUGAAGCUCAAAACUCGGCGAGGAAACGAUGUCGUCGCGGUGUAUGUGAAGCAUCCUAAAGCUUCAUCUACUUUGCUCUAUUCUCAUGGCAAUGCUGCUGAUUUAGGUCAAAUGUUUGAGCUUUUUGUGGAGCUUAGUAGUCGUCUUAGGGUUAAUCUUAUGGGGUAUGAUUACUCUGGAUACGGACAAUCAACAGGAAAGCCAUCUGAAUCUAAUACAUACGCCGACAUUGAUGCAGCAUAUAAAUGCCUCAAAGAGCAGUAUGGGGUGAAAGAUGAGCAAUUAAUAUUGUAUGGUCAGUCUGUUGGUAGUGGUCCUACAGUUGAUCUCGCUGCUCGCACCCCUAACCUGAGAGGGGUUGUUCUGCAUAGCCCAAUCCUUUCUGGAGUGAGGGUACUUUAUUCUGUGAAAAAAACAUAUUGGUUUGAUAUUUACAAGAACAUCGACAAAAUAUCCCAGGUGAACUGUCCUGUCUUGGUGAUCCAUGGAACAUCCGAUGAAGUUGUUGAUUGUUCCCACGGAAAACAACUACACGAACUCUGUAAAGAAAAGUAUGAACCCUUGUGGCUCAGUGGCGGCGGACACUGCAAUCUCGAGCUUUACCCAGAAUACAUCCGACAUUUGAAGAAGUUUGUAUCAUUUCUCAACAAAUCGAAAGCGACCACAAACGGAACAAAAGAUACUCCGGCUGUCGAGUCCUCAUCGAACGGGUCUUCCCAAGAGUCAACAGUAGAAUCAAACAAUCAAAACAAGGCAUCCGACAACCAAAGCAAGGUAAACACAACAUCAUCUAAUGCAGACACAUUUGAAUUUAAUCCCUACCUUCCAGAAGUUUCUAGAAACAGCUUAGAUAGCCGACUUGAAAAAUCCAAAAAGACUAGCAAGCCAGAGAAAUCACGAAUGAGCACCGACCAGGUUGAUCGAUUUAGACGAAAAAAGGGUCUAUUAUGGUGAUCAAAACUUAGAAUCUACUUCAUACUCUUAGCUUGGUGAAAGGCGAUUUUAUUUCUUACACUUACUGCAUUUGUAACAAUUUGUAUCAACUCCAAAAGUAUAAUUCGAGUGUGUUUAUUCUUGAUAUAUCUCGACUUUCGAGUCAAUACCUCCAAAUGAUAAAAUACUGUAAGUCGGUAAAACCGAGUUCUUCCCCUUCCUUUAUCUUUGUUGUAUCAUGUAUGAGUGCAUAAAUCAGAAAUUGUAGUGAUUUUUUCAA